UAAUGGAUCGAACAAGUGUUUUCAAAGCUCUAGUGAAAACGCUGAGAACUUCUAAGAAGUUUCAAAACAACGGCAUUAUGUCUAGGUCACGGCCAAUGUCUGUCUUUUCUCGAAAAACAAGAGAAGUGGUGCAAAAUAUCACCAAAUUAAGGGAUUUUCUUCUGGAACAUCGCCACGAUUAUAUUAAUGCUGCUGGUCAUCUGACAGGUGAUACAUCGCAAUUAACAGACCAAGACCGAGAUCAAAUUGACUUGGAAGCACAAAACUAUAUGAAGACGUGUUCUUCUUUAAUUGCCAAUCUUAAAACUGAAGCUUUCAGAGAGAACAUCACCGACCAACAAAGACUUCACAGAGAGGGUGUAUUUGGUUUACUGGAAGGAUACCUGAAAGAUGUGUGUAAAUUGUACAGUCAACAGAGAGCUGUUCGUGUCAAACGAGUCGUAGAUAGGAAGAGAAUAUCUCGUCUACAUUCUGAGACAUCAAGGCUGGAGAUCAAGCCUUACAAUCCAUUGGAACCUAAUACUUCACCUGUAGUUGUUUCAGAAAGUGAAAAAUGUUCUGAUCAGGAUGAUGAAAUUGACAAACAAUUGACAGCUGAAGAGCUACAGAUGUUUGAAGAAGAAAAUGUACAGCUGUUUAGCAAUAUGAGCACUUUAGUUGAUGAAGUCAGACAAAUCGAAGGUAAAGUUGUGGAGCUGUCAAAGUUGCAGCAGUUUUUUACAGAGAAAGUGUUGGAACAAGCAGGAACCAUUGAACGAAUUCAGGAUACUUGUGUUGAGGCGACAGAAAAUGUACGAGAAGGCAAUGAGCAGAUACGUGAGGCCAUCAAGAACAAUGCAGGAUUUCGUGUGUGGAUACUCUUUUUCUUGGUGAUGUGCUCAGUGUCGUUGUUAUUUCUUGACUGGUAUAGCUAAGUCUUAAUAUACUGAUUCUAUUACUUGUCUUCAUUGUUACUUUAAUUUGCUCAAAUCUUUGAGUUACCAAUAUUUCAGCAGAGGUAUUACUGGAGUAUGGGUUAAUAUUAAAUUGGUACUCUGAAGGGACCGUUUGGUUCACUAUUCAAACCUGUAGAAGAAUAUUGUUAGUGAAAUUGUUUGCCAAAGUGUAGAUUGCACG